GACCCGGAAGUACUUUUUUAGUGUCGCUGACGAGCCGCUGAUCAGGGAAGAGGCAGAUGAUAUGGCAGCUUUGUGAGCGACCAGGUGGAACUUGCAUUGUUAAGACGGUUAAACGUCGGAAUAUGAAAACAUUUUAACGCGGAAACAGGGAGAGGGACACUGCUCGAAAUGAUUUACUUGAUAGUCAUUUCCGCAUUAUCUGGAGCACUCUUUACAUUGCUAUUACAGUUCUUACUGCUUUACCGGAGAAGCCCCGAGCCUAUAGCCAGGACAGUGCAAUAUGUCAAAGCAGUGCCUGAUCCCGCAUUGAAGGAUUACUUUAAUAACCAACAUGCAGAAUCAGGCCAGCAGCAACAAGACAACACAUCAUCCGCUGCACCCAAACAGCAAGAGGCCAUCACUCCCAGGCAUCAGGAAGCGGCUGCCACCAGCAGUAGCCCUAAACAACAACCGCCACCGCCUUGUCAAAGUGAGCCCCUCCACACCUCCAAACCGGAGACGUGCAAUUUUCUAAAUGCUAUCUUUUUGUUCCUAUUCAGAGAACUCCGCGACACUCCCGUCGUUAGGCACUGGCUGACCAAAAAGUUCAAGGUGGAGUUCGAGGAGCUAUUACAAACCAAGACAGCUGGUCGGCUGUUGGAGGGACUCAGUCUCAGGGAUAUCUCCCUGGGUAAUUCUUUGCCCGUGUUUAAAACGGCCAAACUUAUGAAGCCAGUGAGUUUAAAUGAAGACGGCAUGCCCGAGGAACUCAAUUUCGAGGUGGACCUUGAAUAUAAUGGCGGGUUCCAUCUAGCAAUUGAUGUAGACCUCGUUUUUGGGAAGUCAGCAUACCUGUUCGUAAAAAUGACGCGUGUGGUUGGAAGACUGAAGCUGCAGUUCACUCGCAUGCCUUUUACGCACUGGUCCUUCGCGUUCCUUGAGGACCCACUGAUAGACUUCGAGGUGAAGUCACAGUUCGAGGGAAGGCCCUUGCCCCAGCUCACCUCAAUCAUUGUCAACCAGCUGAAAAGAAUCAUCAAGAAGAAACACACCUUGCCAAAUUACAAAAUCAGAUACAAACCCUUUUUCCCUUUCCAAGUGCAACCUCCUAUUGGGUCUUCCGCCUGUGACUUGGACCUCUCCGUUCAGGACUCAGGAUUGGUGGAGGGCCGGCUUAGGGUCACCCUUGUUGAAUGUAGCAGGCUUUUUAUCCUGGGCUCGUACGACAGAGAGACCUACGUGCACUGCACCUUUGAGCUGAGCAGCCACGAGUGGAAAGAGAAAACACGCAGCUCCAUCAAAACGAGACCCAAACGGCGUUCCAUAGAAAUCCUGGUUGAGAAUGAAACGACUGAACAAAUGAACAACCAAACAGCACAGCAAACGGAGGUGAUCAAAGGACCCUUUGGCAAUGUGGGUAUGACGUUCAGGCACGUCCCUGCCUGUGAGGGUGACGCAGUCCAUGUCAGCAUCGAGACGGUCACUCCCAACUCUCCUGCUGCCCUGGCAGACCUGCAGAGGGGCGAUCGACUCAUCGCCAUUGGAGGUGUCAAAGUGACAUCCUCUGUCCAAGUGCCCAAACUGCUGAAGCAGGCGGGGGACAGGGUGCUGGUCCUGUACGAGAGGCCUGUGCGUCACCAGAGUCCCACCGUGGGCCUGGGAGCCCUCCAGGAGGGGCUGGGCCAGCUAGAGGAGCCCAGCUUCAUCCCUCCGCCGGGGGGCUAUGAGGAGGACCCGGCCCCCAUCACCACACUCGCCGACAUAGCCGACAGCAAAGACAUGGACUGUGAGUUUGAAGACUUGACUGUGGACCCCAAGCCUAACCCCCUUAGCAGUAGCGCGGAGGCCAAGGAGGAUUUCCUGUCCGUAAACCAAAGCCCCAAAAGGACUGUGAUCAAUCUGUCCUCAAAACCCCUCGGCAGCAUAUCGCCCAUCCUCAACCGCAAAAUGAACCUGGCAGGGCUUCAGUCGCCGGCCAGAUCCCCACCCACACCAAAGCCCUCGCCACACAAGAGCAUUGAGCCAGGAGAGGGGCCACAGCGCCCCACCGGCCCCCCUCCACCCCCACCCACUCGCCCGCCGGUGCCUCCUAGACCCCACAUUAAAUUAACAUCCGCCUCUUCUGAAACCCAAAGUCUGCUGGAGGGGAGUGAAGCUACCAACGGGGCUGAGAAAACUCCAGAAAAGACUCAAACACACUCCACUGGAAGCAAUGGUGACAAAGGCAGUGUUUUGACGACUCCUGUGAAACAGCCCGAACCAAAGCCAGCAGUCAAAUCACCCGAACCCUGCGAAGAGCCGCCAGCGCCCCCCUCCACUCCCAGCAAGCAGGACCUGGCCAAAGACAAGGUUUCUGAGAGCUCCAUCAACACCCGAGACAGCAUGGAGGAUCACUCAAUGUGGGAGUCCUCAGAGAUGAUGUUCCGCAACCGGACGGCCCACUGGGGCCAUGCCUCUGUGGUGUUAGAGGUGGAAAGCAACCAUAAGUACCUUAACGUGGCACUGUGGUGCAAAGACCCCUUCAAGCUGGGCAGCCUUCUGUGUCUGGGCCACGUCAGCCUGACACUGGAGCACGUGGCCCUGGAGUGUCUGUCCACGUCCUCAUCUGAGUACCAGAGCACCUUCAGGCUGGAAGCCCCAGAGCCCAGGGCCAGCGUCAGCCGCACCGCCCUGCGCAGCCUCAGCACCCACAAGGGCUUCAACGAGAAGCUGUGCUAUGGAGACAUCAUCCUCAACUUCAGCUACCUGGCUGAUGGAGAGUCAGAGACGUGCGGCGGGCUGGCGGAGCGGGAGAAGAAGGCCAGCAUGCCGGACGAGGAGCUGAGGGAGAGGGAGAGGGAGCAGCCAUCCUCUAUUCCCAGUGAUGACCUGGCCUACAGCACCAUGCAGCUGGUGGAGGUGCGCCACAACUUCCAGGACACCCAGUUCCAGAACCCCACCUGGUGCGAGUACUGCAAGAAGAAGGUGUGGACCAAGGCUGCCUCCCAGUGCAUGAUCUGUUCCUACGUCUGCCACAAGAAGUGCCAGGAGAAGUGCCUGGCCGAGCACCCUCUCUGCGUGGCCGCCACAGACCGACGCAGUGCCGACCCGGAGGCUAAGUCCACCAUCAACCGCGCCACCACAGGCCUCAGCCGCCACAUCAUCAACACCGGCUCCCGUCUGCUCAACCUGCGCCAGGUGCCCAAGAGCCGGCUGGCAGAGCAAGCGGCUGACGUUGUGCCCGACGUGGUGCACACCCCCGACAUCUCAGACAAUGAGAGCAGCGAUACAGAAACCUAUGCCGGGGCCAGCCCCUCCAAGCAUGCAGCCAGCGUCACCACCAAGCUGGUAAGGAGGGAGGGAGGACUUGAUGACAGUGUAUUCAUCGCGGUGAAGGAGAUCGGCCGGGACCUGUACCGGGGCCUUCCCACCGACGAGCGCUCGCAGAAACUGGAGCUGAUGCUGGACAAGCUGCAGCAGGAGAUCGACCAGGAGCUGGAGCACAACAACGCCCUGAUGCAGGAGGAGAGGGAGACUGGGGACGCCCGGAGGAAGGCUCUGAUCACGGCCGCCCUGGCCAAGUCUGGGGAGAGGCUCCAGGCUCUCACCCUGCUCAUGAUCCACUACCGGGCAGGCAUCGAGGACCUGGAGUCUGUGGAUAGUGCCGGCACCUCCCCCUCGGAGCCACAUGGCCUCCAGGCCAAGGGCGGGGCCUUGGAGGAGGCAAUACUGGGGACAGAGGUUUAUGACAGUGACAUAUGCAGCCCAGUGGAGGCUCAGCUGCUGGAUGACAUCACAGAGGAGCAGAUUUGUGUGGAGGCGCUCCACUAGAGAGGAUGAGGCAUGGGCUUGAGACUUACAACAAAAUCAUUGGAAUCUUUUUCUUUGGGGGUGGUGGGGUUUAGGUUACCAUCUGAAGAUUAUCUGAAGUGGUCUGGUGAGGGUGCAAUUGUUGUUUUGUAAACCAAUCGGUCAUGCGAUUCAUUCUUGUUUUUUUUUCUAGUUUUCUUAGUCAUACUUUUAAAGGGAAGCUGGAAAGCUAGAUUGUGACCUGCUUCAAUUGGCAUUAAGAACAGUCUCCCAAGUCAAUCUGUAAGUGCUUGGAUUCAAUAAAAGUUGAAAACAUACUGUACAUUAAUAUUCCAUUCUAUUUUAGCAUUUAUUGACGUUAAUUAAUUUGUUUUCCUUACAAGGCACCUUGAAACAAAACAUAUUUUCCUAUUGCUUGAAAAUGUGAGCUUAAAUGUUUGUAUUCAAUGUUUUAAAUGGAACUGUUCGAUAUUUUAUCACUUCAAGUUACAGCAACCGCUUUUCAAAUCUGGCAUAAGAUUACAAUCAAAAUGUGAUCACCAUAGCAGGAGCUAUGCAAAUUGCAAAUGGUUCUGUUUUUAUCUAAAUUGUCUUUGGGCAAGGAAAUAAAUAUUAGUGUAAAAUUAUAUAUAUAUAUAUAUAUAUAUAUAUAUAUAUAUAUAUAUAUAUAUAUAUAUAUAUAUAUAUAUAUAUAUAUAUAUAUAUAUAUAUAUAUAUAUAUAAUAUAUACUGUAUAAUAUAUACUGUAUAUACUCAACCAUAUGGAAAUGUGUUUUGUUUCAGAUUAUGUACUUUUCAUGUCAGUCAUAUCUUCUGUUUGAGUACUUUUAAUUAAUGCAUAAUCAAGUUUUUGAGGUCACACAUGACUUUUCUCUUCUCUUGAUUUGUUUUUGGAGGUUCUGGAACUACAAGCUCAUGUGAUAAUUCAAUGAAAUGGGCAAUAAUGUGGGGAAGAUAGGGGUCUAUCCCUGUCAUCCUCGGUUUAGUGUUUGUCACCGAGGCCAAACAUGCUUGACUAUGUAUAUGACCCACUGUUUAACCAGCAUAUUAACUGUACAUGUUAAUUCUUUCUCUUACUUUUUUUCUGGGGGAAAGGAUAUAGGGAUGUAAUAGUUGUUUCUAAUUAAGUUAUUUGAUUAAGCACCUGUUUUCUUGCCCCCCCCCCCCCCCCCCCCCCCCCCAUCCAAAUGGUUUAUUUGUAUGGAUAUAAUAACCCUGAACUAAAACUCAUCUCAAAUAUGGUGGUGGUGGUGGUUUUAUCCGAUCAUGUUACUUGAGACUAAAUGCUUACUGUUCAAAUUCUUAUUGAUAGAUGCAAAGUAUUUAUGUAUUUAUGGCAGAAGAUUCAUUUAUUUGGUUCAUUUUGUGAUGAGUGUUGUUGUGUAAGAUACAGGAACACGUGGAUUUCUUUUUGUUUUAUUGUAUGUAUAUCGGUCUUUAUUUAUGUGGUUUGGUGACGGGUGUUGGGUCUGAUUUUGAUAAAUACUCAGAGCAGUUAGGCUGUGAUUGUGUAAAGUUCUUGGCCUUUGAAAGUUGUUCUCAAUUAUGGACGAAUCUAUGUCCAUUUCUAUGUAUGUGUAAAUACAGUCCAGCACAAACCCUCUACAGAAAUGAAACCACUGUUGUACCCCAAUACAGUGAUGUCAUCAUGACAGGCCACAAACAAACUCCAUACAAAACUAUUACAACUGUUGUAAGGCACAGAAGGAAAAGCUCUGCUUUUAGGAUAAGGAAAGCGUAAUUCUCUUCUCAAGGGACCCAAAGCCUCUGGAUAGGAUCACUACGGGUGUGCCCGAAUACCCAUAGCUAUACUCCUAAAUAGUAGGCUGUUUGAAUAUGCGGAAAAAAUAAUGUUUUAUAAUAUGUGAAAUGUUGAAAAUCUAGUAUACUUUAAAUGCCCGGAUGUCAUACUCAUUCAGCUUUUUUAUCUAGUAGAAUACGCUGCACACUAUUGAGGAAGAGAAUUGUCUUUUCACACCCACGUUUGUUCGAGAACAACUGAUAAUCAGAAUAAGGAGCACGCUCUACAAAAAAUAUGAAAUGGCGGGGAACAUUCGUGCAUUCGAUGACGCCUUCUCAGUAUGGAUGAGUAGUAUGUUGAUAUUUGUUGCUGACUGCAUACGUUUGUACUCAACAGUAUGUUCUAAAUAGUAUGUAGUACGAUUAGUACACCGUAUGCAGUUUAAGUAGUAGGCAAGCAGGAUUUCGACACAGCCUAUGACUUCUAUUCUAUUCUCACCAGGCUCAUUGAAAUCACAGUGCGUUUCUGUGGCUGUGCUGCCAUUGCUUCAGCAUAGGACCAGAGAUGGUGAAGUGGCUCUUUGGGCCAGACAGGAGAUGGAAGAAAAAGGGUGAAGGGGAAAGAAAGCUAAACUAAAUUCUGUGCAAUAGACGUGAUGCUCUUGUUGAAGCUGGCUUGGCUGCUACUUGUUGAUCUCUCUUCAAUUGUUGUAUAUUCAGAUUGUCGUGCAAUAUUUUUGUAGGAAAUGAAGACAAAAGUGAUAAUCGGGAAAGGAUUCUUCAGUUUUCUAUUUCUCGUUGUUUCUCUCCAUAGAAAACUGUAUCUGAUCGUUAGGUAACUUGGGACCCCUGGGCUGGAAUUGAGCUCAUGAGAAGAGUAAACAAAAACACAUUUUGGGCUGUCAUGCUACUUCUGCUACUGCUGCUGUUGUAACUCUGUACUCUCUAAACCCAUUCGUACGCUCCUGAUCUGUCUCUCCCUACAAUUCACAAUAUACUAACAUAGUGUCAUGGCUUUCUGCUGCGGAUUUCUUUUUUUGUAAGAGGGAUGUUGUACACGGUUCUGGAGAUGGAUCAUGUGAUGAAGCGCUAUUGUACAUGGCCUCAAUAAAAAAGCUCACCAGAAGUCCA